GGACGAGCGAGUGAAAGGGCCGGCAUUAAAUAGAAUGCGGCGAAAGGCGGAAAAAAUCGUGUAAUUAGAGCCAUAAAUGCACUUGAAGUCCACCCAGGUCCACACCCAUUUAACUCACAAGCCCGUGCACAAAGGAAGCAUAUUAAAUGAAAGUAGUGCCAAAUCCUCCGACUCAACAAUUAGUGAAAAAUCAAAAAAAAAAUGAUAUACAGUUCAACAUAGUUUACUCGAACGUCUGCUAAGUUAUAUAUAUAAUAAAAUUAUAUAAUAUAUAUAUAAUUAUAUGUUUUAUGUAACUACUCAGGUUCGAAGAAGCUUGACUGUAUUUUUGACAUGACAUUAACUGCCACGCCCACUCAGUAGAAAGUAUAAGAACCCAACGACAGUACAGUUCGCCAGUGAAAGAUGAGCGACAAGGUGGAAGGAAGAAAACAGGAGGAAAAUCAGCAGGAAAAGGACCAAUCCUUGCGGGUGCAAAUCCUCGUUUAUCGCUGCAUGGGCAUCGAUUUGUGGAGUCCCACGAUGGCGAACGACCGUCCGUGGCUGACGUUCGUCACAAUGGGACCGCUUUUCCUGUUCAUGGUGCCCAUGUUCCUGGCCGCCCACGAGUACAUCACCCAGGUGAGCCUGCUCUCCGACACCCUGGGCUCCACCUUCGCCAGCAUGCUCACCCUGGUCAAGUUCCUGCUCUUCUGCUAUCACCGCUCGGAGCUCGUUGGCCAGAUCUACCACAUCAGAACCAUCUUGGCUAAGGAAAUCAGCGUGUGGCCGGAUGCGCGGGAAAUCAUUGAAGUGGAGAAUCAAAGCGACCAAUUGCUCAGCCUUACGUACACCCGCUGUUUUGGCCUGGCGGGAAUCUUUGCGGCAUUGAAGCCCUUUGUGGGCAUAAUACUCUCCUCGAUUCGCGGCGACGAGAUUCAUUUGGAGCUGCCCCACAAUGGAGUUUAUCCGUACGAUCUGCAGGUGGUCAUGUGGUAUGUGCCCACCUAUCUGUGGAAUGUGAUGGCCAGCUAUAGUGCAGUUACCAUGGCGCUUUGCGUAGACUCGCUGCUCUUCUUUUUCACCUACAACGUGUGCGCCAUUUUCAAGAUUGCCAAGCACCGGAUGAUCCACCUGCCGGCGGUGGGCGGCAAGGAGGAGCUGGAGGGUCUGGUCCAGGUACUAUUGCUGCACCAGAUGGGCCUCCAGAUCGCCGAUGACAUUGCGAACAAGUACCGCCCGCUGAUCUUUCUGCAGUUCUUUCUCUCCGCCCUGCAGAUCUGCUUCAUUGGCUUUCAGGUGGCCGAUCUGUUUCCCAAUCCGCAGAGCCUGUACUUCAUCGCCUUUGUGGGCUCCCUGCUCAUUGCGCUGUUCAUCUACUCGAAGUGCGGUGAGAAUAUCAAGAGUGCCAGCCUGGAUUUCGGCAACGGGCUGUACGAGAGCAACUGGACCGACUUCUCGCCACCCACCAAGCGAGCGCUCCUCAUCGCCGCCAUGCGCGCCCAACGACCUUGCCAGAUGAAGGGCUACUUUUUCGAGGCCAGCAUGGCCACCUUCUCGGCGAUUGUGCGCUCUGCCGUGUCCUACAUCAUGAUGUUGCGCUCCUUUAAUGCCUAAGAAGGACAUCAAAAUGUGUGUGUGCCAGGUGACGUGGCAGUUUUGUUUACAAGAUGCCAGCUUCAGCAACAAUAUAAUAAUAACUAAACACAUUUAUUACAUGCUUGCACAUGGAUUUCAAUUUCAAUAAUUAUACAAAAAUGUUGUUAAGUGCAUUAGAGGUACACUCAGCGCACAGAUAAAUCUGAA